AUGACUACGACUUCACCUCUUCAUGGCACCACUCUUCUUCUUGUUUACGUGGAUGAUAUGAUUAUAACCAGUGAUGAUGGCUUGAAAUUUCUCAUGAUUCCACUGGUUGUUAUUUGUCACAAGCCAAAUGCUUCCGAUCUUCUGGCAUGUACUGAUCUUACCAAUUGCAAGGCUACCUCUACUCUUGUUGAUCCUCAGAAUCAUCUCACUCCUCUAGACAGGGAUCUUCUCUCUAAUUCUACUCUUUAUUUCCAGUUGUACAUGUUGGCUCCCCAUACCCCGCAUUAUACUGCUCUACGUCACAUACUUCCCUACCUCAAAGGCACUAUGUUCCAUGGACUCCACUACUCUACUCACUCUUUUCUUGAGCUUCGUGCAUUUUUUGAUGUUGAUUGGGUUGGGGAUCUUACUGAUCGACGCUCCGCCACACAUUUCUGCUUCUUCUCAGGGGAUUAUCUUCUUACUUGGCGCAACAAGAAACAGUCCCUCACUGCUCGCUCUAGUACUGAAGCUGGAUACCGCGCUCUUACUGACACUACUUAG